AUGGUUCUCCUUCCUUCCCUCCUUCUUAUCCUCGCCUGUCUGUCGGGAUCCUUUGGCCAACAAGAUCUGGAGAAGAAGGUCUUCGUUUUCCCGGCAGCUUCCAGGAAGGCCUUCGUGCUCCUGAAUGUCCCCCUUCAAGAGCCCUUGCUCAGCCUCUCCGUCUGCUUGAAACACCACUGCCCGCUGUCGCGUCCCUACUCCCUCUUCUCUUACGCCACCCGGUCCAGUGACAACGAUUUCCUGAUUUUCAAGGACAAGCCCAACAUGUAUUCGGUUACCGUCGGUGGCUCGGUGGUAAAUUUCAACAUUCCUAAGAAAGACAUUCCACAAUGGGAACACAUCUGUGUCUCCUGGAGCUCCACAGACGGGUUGAUCUAUUUUUGGCUCAAUGGGGUUCUUCUCCCCCGCUUGGGAACGAAAAGGGGUUACACGAUCAGCCCCCAGGCGUACAUUGUUUUGGGACAGGACCAGGACACCUUCGGAGGAGGCUUUGACAUCAACCAAUCCUUCAUGGGGGACAUGUCGGAAGUCAACUUAUGGCUCCAGAAGUUGACCAAUAAUGACGUCUGGCUGCUCAUGAAAGGGGACACCGUGCCUAACGCCCUGGCCAGAUGGAACUCUUUUAAUUAUACCUUUCAGGAUUACGUGGUCCUUACGGACGAAGUGCCUUAG